UUGAUGAGCGUGACAGGGGUAGGGAUGGACAUGAUGUGGGCACAUCCCUGAGCGUACUUAGAACCUCCACGUCAAAACGAGUCGUGGAGGAGGGGAAUAAGAAAAGAGUUUUAUUUUUAUUCUUUUUAACCGGAUUGAUUCCUACUUCGGACAUCGCCGGCGGUGCGUCAUUUCUCUGACUCCCACCAUGCCGAACAUCGUGCUCUUCAGCGGCAGCUCCAACCACGACCUCUCGCAGAAGGUGGCCGAGCGCCUCGGACUCGACCUGGGCAAGGUGGUCACCAAGAAGUUCAGUAACCAGGAAACAUGCGUGGAGAUUGGGGAGAGUGUCCGUGGUGAGGACGUGUACAUCGUGCAGAGUGGCUGUGGGGAGGUCAAUGACAACCUAAUGGAGCUUCUCAUCAUGAUCAAUGCUUGCAAGAUCGCCUCAGCCUUGCGUGUAACACCCGUCAUCCCCUGCUUCCCUUACGCCCGUCAGGACAAGAAAGACAAGAGUCGUGCCCCUAUCUCUGCCAAGUUGGUGGCAAACAUGCUUUCUGUGGCGGGGGCAGACCAUAUCAUCACCAUGGACCUCCAUGCCUCCCAGAUCCAGGGGUUCUUUGAUAUUGCUGUGGACAACUUGUAUGCUGAGCCUGCAGUUCUACAGUGGAUUAAGGGGAACAUUCCAGAAUGGAAGAACUGUAUAAUUGUGUCACCAGAUGCAGGAGGAGCUAAACGUGUAACAUCAAUUGCUGACCACUUGAAUGUGGAGUUUGCCCUGAUCCAUAAGGAGAGAAAGAACUCUGAGGUGGAGAGCAUGGCCCUGGUGGGAGAUGUGAAGAACCGUAUUGCAAUCCUGCUUGAUGACUUGGCUGACACAUGUGACAUCGUCUGUCUUGCUGCUAACAAACUAAUUUCUGCUGGUGCAAUUAAAGUCUAUGCCAUCCUGACCCAUGGCAUUUUCUCGGGCCCGGCCAUCUCCCGGAUCAACAGCUCACCUUUUGAGGCUGUGGUGGUCACCAACACCAUUCCCCAGGAGGACAAGAUGAAGCUGUGUCCUAAGAUCCAGGUCAUUGACAUUUCCAUGAUCCUGGCUGAAGCCAUCAGAAGAACCCAUAAUGGCGAGUCUGUGUCGUACCUUUUUAGACAUGUGCCCAUGUGACUCUAGGUCAGGUUAGGCAGUAUGUUCUUAGCCUAAUCUGCUGGCAAGAUGGAGAGCUCUCUGGCUGUAUCAUGUCCGGUAUGUCCAUAUACAGGACCACCAUUGUAUCCAUGGAUUUCUUUUCCAGUUUUGACCUAUUAAACUGAGAUGUAAAUUGCUCUAUACUUCAAUAUUUUAAAGCUCAAUUACAAUUGAAUUAAUGAUGCCAGUGCAGUACAGGAUUUGACUCAAACUGCCAAGUUUAGCUAGGCAUCUGAAAUGUGCCAUUUUAAUCCGUAAUAUCACUUAUUUUAGCACAAGGUUUUGGAUAUCACUUGAGUGCCCUAGUUUAAUUAUGGACACUUAAGUCCAACUGUUUUUAAAUUUCAUCUUUGGGUUUUGUUCAUGUUUCUUGCCUUCAUGUCAUUAUUUUCUUCUUCUCCCAGCGGUAUUAAGUGUUAUG